AGCUUCGGCCCGAGCAUCCUGGAGAUGUUUCUGUCUUAGCUUCUCAAAUCUUUGAAGCGCAUGUUGAGGAGCCUCAUUUUGAGGCAAGCAAAACCGACCAGCGUUCCAUGGUACAAGAAAUAUAAUUGGUACAGUUUCGCGCUCUACCGGUACAAGGUCUAUGAUGCAAUUUGGAGAGUUUCAGCUACCGCCACCAUAGGUGCGUGCAUCUACCUCGGUGUGGUGGUAGUCCAGACCUGGAAUGCUUCUGUGCAUAGAACUUGGCAGCACUACGCGCGUAAGGAGAGAGAACGAGCAGAGCUCAUGGACUUCAUCCGCCAGGCACGUGAAAAGGGAACGCUGCCACCGAGUAAGGUCACUGGCUUCGAAUGAGCUGCCGUGGGACUACGAGCUACAAAUGGUACACUUAGCUUCACAGCGAAUUCUCGCCGUUUCAGUGCCGGUCAAAUAGACAGGACGCUCAGCUGUGCAGUCCACAGGACGCUCCAGCGGAACCGUCCAUAGCUCCGCGGAUGGUUCCGCGCUUCAGCGGAACCGGUUUCACUGGUCAUUCGAUGCACCGGCGCUUCCGUCGACAAAGGCGCUUCCGUCGGAUGUUCGGGUGUUCGGGAGUGAUUCGC